AUGCCGUUGGAUUGCAAAAUUUGGUGCUUCCUAUCCGAACGAAGGCGACACAUUGAAAGGCUUUGGAGGUUACGCACCAUUCAGUCAUCUGACGAGAAACGCUCAAGGAGACGUUUCAAUCGUUUAUUGCGCGCUUUUGAUACAGAAGACCUCGCCGCUAUAUUAAAGGCAGUGGAAAGUGGUGGCCGAGAUAUCAAACAGUGUGCUCCCGGACCACCAAUGGAUAUCAUGGAAGAGAUGCCGAGUUGCUCACGAGAUGUUGCUGAAACAGAUAACGAUGAAGGCUUCCUGGAUCAUCGUUACGAAAAUACCGGUCUGAUACCGCAAAUUGAUAAGCCUAUGUCUAUACCUUAUCUUUGUUGUAAAUUAUGGCGAUGGAAAGAAUUACAGGUAGAUGCAGCAUUGCACAGGUUGGAUCCGCUGCCGUGGUGUAGAUUUGGUCGCGUCACCAUGAAUAAUGCUACCGUUUCUUGUUGCAAUCCUUACCACUACGGUCUAUGGAUCAUUGGUAAGCCCUUGGCUCUCUUUCCUUCGUGGUUCUGUCCCUGA